ACACAAAACUUGACAACACUGAAGUUAGACUUUGAUUUUUACCACUUUUCCACACAUACAAAAGAGCACACACACAAAAGUGCACACAAACACAUACAGGCAACUACAAAGAACAGUCUCUUUAGCUAAAUUGACCAUCUAAUUUAAACGAAAUGCCUAUUCAGAGGAAUGAGAAUCAUAACGAAGGCUCCGCAAUGGUUCUGGAUAUUGAAGGCAAGGAUUGUGAAAUAAAUUCAAAUCCCAAGAGCAUUGGCUGGAAUAUUAAGAAGGAACAAAAGGAUCCAACCAAACUGAAUCCACCAAACUUUUUUGCCGAAGUUCAAGAGAGUCACAAACAGAUAACCGAUCGAUUUGUUGAUCUUCUCAAUCUCUUCGAGGAUUACUCAAAGAUCAUGGAAAAUGAACAGGCCCAUUUUAGUCCACAGUCAAAACUGAAACGCACUCAAUCCGAACAGUUCACAGCGGCGCACACGCAGCCUGAGCCUGAUAGCAGUGAGCUUCUGAAGACGACUGUUAGUCUCAAUCGCAUGCAGCUAUCAGAUUGCACGCUGCUGGGAAUGCCCCGUAAACUUACCUUUGAGGCGAGUUGUCAAACCUCCUGGAUUGUGCUUCCCGACAAGGAAGAUAAGAAGAAUCUUCUGACGACACUGGAUAAACCGAAAGGAUCUGAAGAAAAGCAACAACAGAGUCUAAACCCCAAUCAACAUACCCUGCACAUUGAGGUCGAAUCGGUUAGUUCGACAACAGCGUUGCAACGUGCUCCACUGCGUCAGCGUUUGUGGCAGGUUGUGGUCGAGGCUUGGCAAUCGCUGAUAGCCUGUUUCAAUAUGAUGGGCGAGAAUUUUACCUAUGUGCUAUUUGUAUUGCUGUGCAUGUGGUGCCUCUAUCUGAUUAUUGCCCAUUACUCUAGCUUCUUGGACUCCAAUCUCACUCGGAAAUAUGACAUCAAACACACUAUGAUUCGUGUCCGAGGGCAACCUACACAAACAUGAAUCGCAUUCGUUUUUUGGACCAACAACUGAUGUGUAGUAUUAUAUUAAAAGCAAUUAGUGUGCCUAAA